AACUCCCUCGAACUGCCCCUCGUCCGUACAUUUCCAUCAAAACCCCUGCGGCGAUUCCCAGAUCCAUCCUGAAAUCGAACGUUCACUGAAAACCCGCCCCACCUUGGCUCCAACAUCUCUGGAUCUCCUCCGUCCAGUUCUCUCCUGACAAUGGCCCAAUCCAUACAUUCCCUAAUCCCUCUCUCUCCCUCUCCCAACCGCUCCUUCUGCAAAACCCCCUCCUCUCUCGCUCUCCGCCGCACAACCCGAAUCUCCAUCUCCCGCAAGCCCAUAUCAGCCGUCUCUUCCGAUCUCGAAUCCUCCGCCCGCAUCCUCGAAUCCAACUACAGCAAAGGCGGCAACGGCAGCGGAAAUGGAUUCCCGUGGCCGUCACCCGCACCUGACGCGGGGGCGAUUGAGGUGGACAUGGCGACGGAGGCAGAGCUGAAGGAGAAUGGGUUCCGGAGCACGCGGCGGACAAAGCUGGUGUGCACGAUUGGGCCUGCCACAUGCGGGUUCGACCAGCUGGAGGCGCUGGCGGUCGGUGGGAUGAAUGUCGCCCGUAUCAACAUGUGCCACGGGACGCGUGAGUGGCACUGCCGUGUGAUUGAGCGUGUGCGGGGGCUGAACAUCGAGAAGGGGUAUGCGGUCGCCAUCAUGAUGGAUACUGAGGGUAGUGAGAUCCACAUGGGAGAUCUCAGCGGGGCCGCCGACACCAAGGCUGAGGAUGGCGAGAUUUGGACCUUCAGUGUCCGAGCUUUUGAUUCGGCUCUUCCAGAUCGCACCAUUAAUGUGAAUUAUGAUGGCUUUGCUGAAGAUGUGAAAGUGGGUGACGAACUCCUUGUGGAUGGGGGAAUGGUGAGGUUUGAGGUGAUUGAGAAGAUUGGCCCAGAUGUUAAGUGCCGCUGUACUGAUCCUGGUCUGUUGUUACCGCGGGCAAACUUGACGUUCUGGCGAGAUGGAAGUCUGGUGCGAGAACGUAAUGCCAUGCUCCCCACAAUUUCUUCUAAGGAUUGGCUGGACAUUGAUUUUGGGAUUGCAGAGGGUGUUGAUUUUAUAGCAAUUUCUUUUGUCAAGUCUGCAGAAGUGAUUAAUCAUCUUAAAAGCUACAUUGCUGCACGGUCUCGUGAUAGUGAUAUUGCUGUCAUUGCGAAGAUUGAGAGUAUUGAUUCCUUAAAGAACUUGGAAGAGAUAAUUCGUGCAUCAGAUGGAGCAAUGGUAGCAAGAGGAGAUCUUGGUGCUCAAAUCCCAUUGGAGCAGGUCCCAUCAGCCCAGCAAAAGAUUGUUCAACUGUGUAGGCAGUUGAACAAACCAGUCAUUGUUGCUUCUCAGCUUCUUGAGUCCAUGAUUGAAUAUCCUACACCCACUAGAGCCGAAGUUGCAGAUGUUUCUGAGGCAGUUAGGCAGCAGGCAGAUGCUCUAAUGCUUUCCGGUGAGUCAGCUGUGGGCCAGUAUCCAGAGAAGGCAUUGACUGUGCUGAGAAGUGUUAGCCUUAGAAUUGAGAGGUGGUGGAGAGAGGAGAAGCGACAUGAAGCCAUGGAACUUCCAGAAGUAGCAUCUUCUUUUUCUGACAGCAUUUCUGAGGAAAUUUGCAAUUCUGCUGCAAAAAUGGCUAACAAUUUGGAGGUGGACGCACUUUUUGUGUACACAAAAAUGGGACACAUGGCCUCUCUUCUGUCUCGUUGCCGUCCUGACUGCCCAAUCUUUGCAUUUACAACCACGACAUCUGUUCGGAGGCGCCUGAAUCUGCAAUGGGGCCUCAUACCCUUCCGCCUAAGCUUCUCGGAUGACAUGGAGAAUAACCUCAACCGUACAUUUUCUUUGCUUAAGGCAAGAGGGAUGAUCAAGUCUGGGGACCUCGUAAUUGCGGUCUCUGAUAUGUUGCAAUCCAUUCAAGUGGUGAAUGUCCCUUAAAACAAUAGAUUGCAUAUCUCUUAUUGGAUGAUUUUGGAACAGUUACUUCCACAAGGUGAGAAAUUAUUUUUGUUUGGUUUGGUUUCUUGAUUGAAAUUUUACAAAUUUUUUUUAGUGCUACUUUAUGAAAAUGUGUUAGCUUUGGUUCCA